UCGCGAUACUUCAGCAUAACGUCACGUUAACUUCAGUGUUUUCAGGGUUUGUCACGCCUGCGUUCGCACGGAAAACAACCUGGUCCCGGUGCUGCUAAUCCGGUUGAAGAAGCGUUAUAUCGCGGCCACCGUCUUCCAGCCUGCUGUCAAACACUGAUUCAGCGCCGAGAAGUUAUCCCGGGAUAAAUAAGCCGGCUUUGUGGCGCCAAAUAGGCCACGCAGCUCCGCGUUUUCACCGGUUUCUGGUUCCUUUCCGUCCCAACGGACCGAGGACUAUGGUGUUACUGAAAAACCUCCAUCCUCCCACCGAGGGAGUGAGACAUGCCCAGGCCGAGACCACGGCGGUGAUGGACGGCCAGCGGCUCGGCUGCGGCACACUCUACGUCGCAGAAACGCGCCUGUCGUGGUUUGACAGCUCAGGAUUGGGUUUCUCUCUGGAGUAUCCCUCCAUCGGUCUGCACGCCAUCUCCAGAGACGUCAGCGCGUACCCACAGGAACACCUCUACAUCAUGGUCAACGGCAAACUCAACAAUGAGAGCGAGGCAGAAAUGGCAGAGAGAGGAGCCGCUGAUGAAGACGAUGACGGCAGCAGUGAUGGCGGCGAUGAUGAUGAAGAAGGGGCGAUCACAGAAAUUCGAUUUGUGCCCAGUGACAAGGCGUCAUUGGAGUCCAUGUUCUCAGCAAUGUGCGAGUGCCAGGCGCUGCAUCCCGACCCCGAGGAUGAGGACUCGGACAACGACUUUGAAGGAGAGGAAUACGACGUGGAAGAAGCCGAGGCAGAGCACGGUCACGCUGACAUCCCGAGCUUCUACACCUGCGACGAGGGUCUGUCGGCGCUCACGCAGGAGGGCCAGGCCACACUGGAGAGGCUGGAGGGGAUGUUGGCCCAGUCAGUGGCUCAGCAGUACCACAUGGCUGGAGUCCGAACCGAGGAAACUAAGGCCGAGUUUGAAGAUGGCAUGGAGGUGGAUGCAGCAGCGAUGGAGGCCGGUCAGUUUGACGAUGCUGACGUGGAGCACUGAUGGAAAUCAUCUCUGCAGCCAGUCGCAGCAGCAGUGUUGCAUCGUGGGAUUGAAGACGAGGACCGCAGCACUUGUUUAAAGCUCUCACUCUCUCUGUGUCGAACCUUUUCUCCUCUCUGCAGUCUUACGGAGCGUGCUCCAUCUGCUCUGCUGCUUCCUGUCCAUUCUUUGAUAAAGCUCGUUUGUAUGCAGGCAGUUGUGUCCUGCUGACCCUGUGUUUGAAACAUCAACACCCAGUUUGUGUUUGUUUUGUACUUAAAGACCAAUUUAAUAUUUGAUGUUUCUGCUGAGGACAGUGGGUGUUUGUAUUUGUCAAUAAACAAAUAGUUUUUGUA